GUUCUAAUGAAAGAAGUAUUCCCUAUAACAGUCUUCGCUGUAUAACCCCUCCUCGAGUCGAUCCUGCACCAUGUAUUAGACCAGACAUCUCCCUUCCACAAAUACGGUCUGGUGCCACCGUUCACAUUGGACAUACCGCGUCCGCAUUCUACUCGAUUGCACGCGUUGACCGCCCCGAUUUGCAUAUCCCACUAUGGUCGCUCAUCCUCUCAAUGUGUCGCUUCGAACUCAUCGGCCGAAUAGUACUCUGGUGUCAAUCACAACCCGACCUUGAACAUUCUUUUGACAUUGCUCACGACCCUCCCCCUCGUCUUCGUCUCCAACCAGCAACAGGAAAGCCUUCAAGAUGUUACAUGAAAUCCUCCUAUCAUUAUCGGGCGUCCGAUCGCCCGUCUGGACACAACCAGGCCAAUCGAGGCAAGAGGAGGGAGGUGAUAUGAACCAAUAUGUGUCGCCGCCAGAACAUGAGAUGCUUCAAACCCUUGCCCGUCUACACGAGUUACACGUACAGAUCAAGAGUGCUACUGCAAGAGUCUCGAGGAAGCAUCGCUCAAUGGUCUGUCGAGCUGUAAGCUCCUCAAUAGCUGACUUUCACCUUGGAAAGUUCGUGGAUACUAUUGUGCAAGUUGAAACAUCUAUCCUCAAUAAGGACGCUGGGUAUGUAGGUGCAUAUGAUAUAGUGCCUCUUAGCACACUAGUAUCGGAAUUUGCACCAUGGAUGCGACGCAUGGAAUGGCUGUCGUCGUUAGCCAAACAAUUAGAUCCUAGCGACAACAAGGUGCUCGAAAAGCAGUCUACCGCCGCUAGCAUUCUAAAUUUCUUGGAACGAGAAACUCAUACUGGUUAUUCGGAUAUUGAAGAAAUGGCUAUUGGUCUUCUGACAGUGGCUCAUAAAGCCUGGAUGAGGGCAGUUUCAUUCUGGAUACUGUAUGGAAAGCUUCCAACUUCUGGUGCCGAUGACUUCUGCAUCAAGAAGAAUUCACGCCCUUCAUCAACAAUGGACACAUUCCUGCUCGACCAUUCACUAGCACCAAAGUUGCUCAGUCCUGCCGGAGCCAAUGUACUAUUGUCUAUUGGAAGCGCUCUGGACCAGUUGCGUUCUCGUGUAGCGUCCGCGGCGGAUACUAUCAAAGGCUCUGACGACCCGGCGAUGAGUUUACUGCCCCUUCACAUGCGGCAACUCGAAUCCCUUCAAUACCCACUUACCUCAUCACGACUAGAGAGUGUCUUGUUUUCGAUCAAUCAAUCUAUCUCAGAAAAUGCCCUUGUUGAAAUCCUUCCCCGAACGAAAGUCUUACAGUUGCUCAAGGUAACUUUGGACUAUCUUCUCGUUGGCCACGGAGAAUUCGCAGUGUCCCUGAUCGCUCAUGCUGAUGCUCGCGUCAUGAAUCGACAGCAAGCUCAGACUUCCACGAGGCCUAUUAGGAGAGUCGGUCGGGUUGAUGAUAUGGCAAUCAAGGAUGCAGAGAUCAAUUCGGUUUUGGUCAAAGCGAUGGCUGAGCUAGCAGCCUUACGUGGAGAUGAAGAUCCCGACGAUGAUGUCUUCAAUUUUGCGAGAAAGAGUCUGUCCUUAAAGCCCGUCGACUCAGUCUCUCAACCGUUGAUGGUCUCAACUUUAUUGCCAACACCUGCCAUUAUGACCAUGGCCAUGCCUUCAUCUUCACCCCUGCAUAUAUUUCUUUCCGCACAAGAUAUCACAACCUAUGGCGUCCUGAACGCCAACCUCCUCUCAAUCCGCAGAGCCGGUCUGCACUUGUCUGGCCUCUGGAAGUUGACAGCACAACGUCGCUCGUUCCCCACACCAUUGGGGCCACCCAGAAGUGCAACGCCCGCAGGGCGGAUGUUGCUCGCCGGGCGAAGAGUGCGGGAUGGAAAUAGAAUGAAAAGAACGAGGAGGCAUUGGACUUGUGCAAGCAAUGCACUAUUUCUGAUCAACGAGCUUGAGAGCUACCUUGAAGGAGAGGUAAUUCAGAGCAGUUGGAUUCAAUUCCAGCAUUGGUUAGCAGGUGAUGACCGACUUGGGUCUGCAUCUGCAAGAUCGUCUCGACCUACUACGGCUUCAUCGACUGGUCAGUCGAGAUUUACAGACGCCUCUUUCGGGGCGUCUUAUUCGGAUGCAAAAUCCCCACCAAGUGAUCCUCGAGUGCUAGCCGCAGCUCAUCGAGUAUACCUGCAGGCUCUCAAAUCUGCACUCUUCCUUGAUGACGAAACUUUCAUCAACGUUCUGAAAACACUCCUAGGCCAAAUUGACCAUUUGGUAGCACUGUUCUCUCGCCUCCAAGCAGUCUGGGACGGGCUCGAUUUACAGGAGGAUGACGGUGUAGUAGAUGCCCUCACGGAUUAUGCGCACGAUGAACGAGAAGUUCUAGCAGAAAUGGAUCGUACAAGUGAAGCCAUCAAGGCAUGCAUUGCUGGCCUGAUAGACAAAGUUCGCGAGGUCGAAAAAGAAGAACGCAGUGGUACGAACACUUUGCUUGGAGGAUUGAGUCUUGCAGAUGCGAAUGCUUCAAAUUUUGUUCCGUGGCAAGCUAGGACGGUCAACAGAUUGGUUAUGAAGCUUGACAGUCUGGCAGCACGACGUGAUGACGACAAAAAUGGCAACGAUAUCCUUGAUGAUUAUGAUGACGACUGACGACUACGUUUGGUGGUCUCAAGAAGGGGAUUGCUCACACUCAAGUAAAUACUAGUUAUAAUGGAUUCACGCGGGAUUUAGUAUAGGAUAGCCAACGGCCUGAGUGGUAUAUACCAACGUAAAUUGACAACCAAGACAGUCACUUUGAUCAAGACCGAUGGAAGUUGGUUUUAUCCAGAAGUAUAUCUAUUGUCUUUGGGACCUGUAUUAAGCUACGAAGCCGGAGAAAAGUUCUCUUACCCUAUAACGACUGUCAGUCAUUUGCCACUUCCAUAUGC